AUGGUGAAUCAAUUUAAUAUUCACUCUAUCAAAUUGAAAAGUAGUGAAGCAAUUAAAAGAGAUGAACAACGUAAUUUUAGUGAAGCACUGAAGCAAUAUGGUGCUUGUAUGCUUUCACUUGGACAAUUAUUGAAGGAAGAUAACUUGGCAGAGGAAUUGAAAUCAAAUGCACAAACAUUUAAACAAGUUUCUCAAGCUUUAAAGAUUUGUAAAAUGUGCUUUGAAAGAGUUUCCGAUAUUGUGGACAAGGAAAUACCAAAUUCUUCUUCAGGUGGCAAUACUUUGACUCCUAAUAAUUCAUUUGGUAUUGGAGUUACCGGAAAUUCAAAUCUAUCAACUUCAAUGAUUAAUAUACCAAGUAGUGGUUUCAAUUCUUCAUCUUCAUCAUCUUUACAACAAAUACCAACCUCUAUGAAUUCAUCCUUCCAUUUCUCCAAUAGAUCUUCCAUUACUUCAACAACAAGCAACACACCUAGUGAUGUCAAUUCAUUGAGAUCAUCUAUGACGUUCAAUACACCUCCUCCAAUCAGUAACAACAUGCCAUUCAGUAAUGGCAGUACUAAUCCAUCAGCACCUUCGCUUCCAUCAACAAACUUACAACCAAAUAUUUCCAAUAAUUCAUCACCAACAAUCUCGCCACAACUUUCAAACUCACCAAUCAUUCAAUCAACACUUAGACAAUCAACAAGCUCUUAUGGAAGAGACUCUUUACAAUCAGCAAUUCAACCACCUUUAGGAACAAUGUCUAAUAGAUCUUCUGUUCAACUUUCUGGACCUGUUAUUGAUACUGGAAAGGUAGAAAUGACCGAAGAGAAUGCAAUAAGUCUUCUAACCCUAUCGAAUAAGUAUAUGAUCAGUUCAUUGAGUUCUAUAUGCGAAUUAUACAUUGCUUCAAUAGUAAAUGAAGAAUUGGAAACUCCUCUCAAAGACUGCUCGAUUGACUUGUUUACUAUUUUUGAAAUUUCAGAAACCUACCAAGCUCUACAAUUACAAAAAGUGGUUUUAUAUUCCUUUGCUUCACAUUUGAAAGAAAUUAAGAAAGACCCACAAUGGAAAACAUUUCCUUACAAGGAAUUGGUUUUAUUGAAAAAUGUCAAAUGCCUAUUACAAUGA